AUGAGCGCGCCGUGGCCCGGUCAGAGCAAUGGCGUCUAUAUGAACCCAGCAAUGUCGUCGCUCUAUGCGAACCCCAAUCCCUCCAAUAUCGACCUCAACUCGUUCGCCCAGAAUGGCAGCAUCAACCCCCAGCAGGCCUUUGGCGCCCCGCAACAGACCUACAACGUCAACUCUGUUGUGCCCUCGAAACGUCCGCGUCCUUCAGAAGACCAAAUGCAUCAGUCACCGCAUGCCCCGUCACAGUCGCUAGACAUGUCGCGAUCGCAAACCCCAAUGCAGGCUGGUGCUCCCUUCGGCGCAUUCAAUUCUCAGCAACAGCAGCAGCCCUUCCAAGCUCCGCCUACUCCUUAUCAGCAUCUGCAGCAGAACCCAUCGGCAUCGUCGAACGCUACUCCGUCACCAACCAUGCAGCCUCAGCAGUUCCGUCCGCCGCAACAACCACCACAACGCAUGUCGACAGCUUCACCUGCUACCUUCGCACAGACCAUGUCUCCCGCGCCAUCUACCGCUUCCAACAACAUGAUGCAGCCUGGCACUUUCACUCCGCAGCAGUCAUUUAACACAAACUUCAAUCCUUCUUCAUCACAAGCCAUGAACAUGUCACAAGGCAUCACUUCUGUCCCUCAGAUGCAGCAGCAGUAUCAGCAGAAGCUCUACCAACAGCGUCUACAACAACAGCAACAGCGCCUGCAGGCCAAUAGUAUGGCUCAGGUGCGCGCUAACGCUGCUCAGACAGCUGCUGGCUUCAACCCUACAGCCGCUGCGGCCAAUGCUAACGUUGGAAGCACAAAUGGUAUGGUCGCUCCUGGGCAGUCGUCUUCGCAAUCAAAUCAGCAAAAGCAGGAACAAUGGAUGCGAUCGUUGCAGCAAUUCUGUCAACAAAACAACAGACCGUUCAACCCUCAACCUCAAGUUUGCGGACGACCAUUACCUUUGUACAUUAUUUGGGUAAUUGUCCUGCAACAUGGUGGCUCAACUCGUGUUACCCAAUUUAAUGGAUGGCCCACGAUUGCGCAGAAGGUCGGCUUCAACAUCCAACAAUAUCCUAGCGCCGCUGCAGAGUUGCAGCAGUUGUUCGAAUCAAAUCUCGGUCAAUAUGAACGCGUGUUCAUGCAAGCAAGGAUGCAGCAACGCCAGCAGGCAGCUUCGUUACAAGCUCGUCAAUUAGCUGGACUAGGAGGUCCAAAUGCCCAAGGCUCUCCUGGCCCUGCAGCAAAAGCCCAGCAGCAACAGCAGCAGCAGGCCCAGCAACAGGCUCAACAACAGGCUCAGCAACACCACCAAGCUCAACAGGCUCAACAAGCACAACAAGCUCAGCAACAACAACAACAGUUGCAAAUGCAGCAGCAGCAAAUACAAGCUCAACAACAACAGUUGCAACAACAACAAGCUGCCCAGCAGCAGCAACAACAACAGCAGCAGCAGCACUCGACUCCUGUGCCUAUGAUGAAUCCGCAAAGCACGCCAAUGCAGCGCCCAACUCCCACGCCUGUCAACGGCAUGGCUACCCCGCAGGCUGCCAUGCAACACUCGGCAUUGAACGAGUUCCGCCGUACUUCAAGCGUUGGCAAACUUGACUCUGUACCGCCACCAGAUCAAGAGCAAGCUCGAGUUUCUGCUUCGCCAGCAAUCAAGGCUCAGUCAGAAGCAGGCGGGACUCCGGGCAUCAAGCGCGAAGCUAGCACUGCCGAGUUGAAACACAUCACGGGCCAGGAAACAGAGUACGAGCCGCACAAGCGCACUUUGGAUUACUAUGGUGGCUACGACAUCAUCCCAUUGGCCAAGCUUGGUGGUGAGAUUGCUCGCCUUGUUCCUGAUGUACCCAUGGUAGACGAGAUGGGGCUUAUUGACAUCCGCGCUCUCACUUUGAGUCUUCAGUCUGGUAUUCAUGCUGAAACCCGUCACGCCUUGGAUCAUUUGACGUUGAUCUCGAUAGAACCGCGCAUCAACUUGGAUCUUGAUAAAUGCGAGGAUUUGACAGACGUGUUGGUUGACUGCGCCGAAGCUCAGCUUGACAUUCUUGCGGAGGGUGCUGCCGAAGUAUCGGACGGCCUCGACUUGCCAUCUUAUGAAGAUCUCGUCAAAUCAUGUCGCAUCGAAAAUGAGUCCUUACAGGACAUCCCUGCUGUUGGUACGCAGGAGUAUGAACUCGAUCGUGCUGCUGACCGCCUCAUUGCCGUCACGACAUUGCUGCGGAACCUUUCCUUUAACGAAGCAAAUCACCGCCUUCUAUCAUCCAAUUCUGUUGUUAAUUUUGUCUCGAACGCAAUUCGCUUGCUGGGCACUCGCAACACCUUCCUCCGCACCUCGAGAAACGUCGCGGACUUCUACAAAGAUAUCAUCACGUUCCUCUCUAAUAUCACCGGUGUCCUGGAGUUGCCGAGCCGCGAUGAUGCUCUUCAUAUUCUUCAGUUCAUUUUGGCAUUUGCUCCUCAGCCAGCGCCUACACUCUCAUCUGAUUCUCCGUUACUAUUCAACCCUUACAUACCUUUGGCGCAACGACACCUUCCGCUUGCAGUCGACUGUCUUGCGAAACUCUUGGCUCGCCAAGAACCUAAUCGGUCAUUGUACCGCAGCAUUUUCACCUCAUCACAAACACUCAACCCGUCAGAGUCUGUUCCACCAGCAGACCUGCUUACCUCUGCUUUUGCUCUGAGUAUAUCUGUCUUACCGGAACGCUCAAAACGAGUCUUCUCCACCACGGUUGAGCUCAAGAUGGUAGAAGCUAGAAAGGCUUUACUGACGCAGGGCAUGUUGGCUGCUGAUAUCCUGGCGUCAAUGGUCCCAGCGGCACAUUCGUAUGAAGGGACGGACGAAAAGAAUCUUGCUCGUGCAUGGCUUGGUUCUGACGACCGCUGGCCUGGAGGUCUGUUGCGUAUGGCCUUUGUGCUCUCGGUUGAUCGUACUGCACAAGCACACAGACAACAACCGGGACAUCCGCACAUGCCACCAAUGGACCCAGACAUGCAGAGUUACGGUCUCAUAACACAUCGUGGGCUUGGCAUGUUGGCACGGUUGGUAGAGAAGGCCGGACUGCCUGCUUCAGAGAAGGCAAGAACGACUUCUGAAGAUGAUGAGUCACGAGGGAACGGCGUGCGCGGUGACGAUGACGAGGAAGACUCAGAUGAGUUUGAUGAAUAUGACAAGCCCACGCCAAGCUGGAUAGCAAGGUGUAACCCGGCUCCCCAGCGGGAGACGGUUCUCGGCGCUCUGCUGUCGCCAGACGCAGACAAAGUGGCCCUGAAGCUCCUGUGUAAACUUUACGAUAUGGCGGCUGCAUGA